CCUGGAUCUUUGUAAGUCUCUUACAAAUGCUGACGAGCAGUACUCAUACCUGCUUGAGUCAUUGUUGACCCUGGCUUUGUCUGUAUGUCUGCGCUCACUGGGCUUUCUGUCCAGGUCCUACCACCCUCGUGAUCUUCGCGGUAUUGGACCGUAUCGCCCCAGAUUCAUCAAAAUGAAACGAUCAGCUCCUCCCACAAAUGCUUCGAUCUCGCCUCCUCCAGUCAAACGCAAGGUCGAGUCAACCACGACCAACAAAGCUGUAGCGAGCUUUUUCAAGCCGACAUCUCAAAAAGAACCAGAGAAAUUGAUUUGGCGGACUGUCAACAAUAGUUUGAUUGUGGGCCGAUAUAAUGUACCAAACGUGCCGCCACAGACGAGAACACUUCCUGUCAAGGUUGCGGCGUUCGACCUAGACGAUACCAUCAUCGUCCCAAAUACCGGGAGUAAGUGGGCUCGUUCAGCUACCAGUUGGAAAUGGUGGGAUUCAUCUGUGCCCGGACGCUUGAAGCAACUGUAUGAAGAUGGUUAUCUUGUGGUGGUCAUCAGCAACCAAGGGAACAUCAGCCUCAAGGAUAACUCGAAGUCCCUGCAGAGAGACACUGCUAGCCUCAACAACCUCAAGCAACAAAUUGGGUCAAUCUUUCGACAGCUAGACUUUCCCCUCACCAUCUAUGCUGCGACAGACCAAGAUAGAUAUCGAAAGCCAAGAGUAGGGAUGUGGCAGGAACUGCUCGAAGACUACGAACUGUUGGCAGAGGGCGCAGUUGAUAUGGCAAGCUCGUUCUAUGUCGGCGAUGCUGCGGGACGUGAAAAGACUGAUAAGCGUCGGAAAGACCAUGCUACCUCAGACAGAGACCUUGCGGCAAACAUUGGCAUCAAAUUCUGGACUCCUGAAGAAUUCUUCCGUAAUGAAUCGACCGAAGAGUACGAACACGUCUUUGAGCCAGCAAAAUUUCUCGAUGACGCAUCUUCUGCCAAUGGCACGAAAAAGGACUUUGUGACCUCUCCUUUCACCAAACAGGGCACUCAAGAAUUGGUCAUCUUCUGCGGCUCACCUGGAGCUGGCAAGAGCACCUUCUACUGGGACGUGCUACAACCACUAGGAUUUGAAAGGGUCAACCAAGACAUCCUCAAAACGCGCGACAAGUGCAUAAAGAAAGCAAGAGACCUGUUGGGUGCAGGGAUGUCGGUGGCUGUAGAUAACACCAACGCCGAUGUCGAGACCCGAAAACACUGGAUAAAUCUUGCCCACGAGUACAAUAUCCCCAUACGAUGUGUGCGCUUCACGGCUUCAUCUCGUCUAGCAGAGCACAACGCUGCCGUGAGAGCAUUGAAUCCAGAUACGAUGAACCCCGAAAAACGUGACAUGCUUCCUGGAAUUGCAUUCAAAUCAUUUGUGCAGAGGUUCCAGGAGCCUACAUUAAAGGAAGGUUUCGAGGAGAUUUACGAGGUUGAUUUUGAGUUCAAAGGUAGCGAAGAGCAGAAGAAGGUCUGGUCACGAUACUGGGUAUCGAAGUACUCGACAUGACACCUCCAUCAAUUCCUCCCAAACAACAGUCGUCACUCACUCUUUAAUCUCGCAUCCUUGACCUCAUAACUGUACUUGAUAUGAGCCUUGCUACGCUGUUUCAGAACGAUUCUGCCAUUACCAAAUCUACUCGGCAGGAUUGAAAGAGGUUCCGGCGGCCAGGUGAAAAGAUUGCUUGAUGAAAGUCAUUCCACGGCAAUACGACUACGUUUCAGAACAAGAUGCUCGGAUGAGAGGACUACAUGACAGGAAACAACGGUGGCGAUGUCUGGAAUUUUCUGCACCUCACCAAGUGCAAAAUCACUGCCUCUUGUCGACAUCAAUCCAUUCAUCAC